AUGAAAGCAUCUACUAUUGCACUCAUUGUCUGUGGCUUCAUAGUUGCAGCAAUUCUGAUUCUGAUUUGUGUCUGUAAAAGAGGCUUAAAGGGAAACAAACUACAUCCUGGCAAGGGGAGGACUAGAACAGCUACUCUGCCUCAGAAAACAUAUCAUGAUCCAGGUCAAAAUGGGGAAAGUAGUGGCAUAAGAGAUGGCGGGAUAGAUGUUCUGGCUGGCGCUGCUGCUGCUGUAGUAGCAACCACUGUAAUUGCUAGUAUCGAUGAUGGAGGUGGUUUCAAUGAUAGUGGCUUGGGAGGUAUGGACAUGGGGAAUGGCAAUGAUGUUGGUGGUGGCACGGAAGAUGGUGGGGUUGGUUAUGGCGGAGGCAGCGGGGAAGGAGGUGGUGGUGAUGGCUGA